ACGAAGUGAAGCGAGGCGGUGAUUAUAUUGUCCUUCAUACGUCAUCUUUGUGAGGCAGUGUCGAGCUUACCUCUGCUGAAGUGGUAUGAGAAGCGUAGAUGCGAAGAAUUGGCGUUAAAUAGCGUCUCAGGUGUAACUUGCAUGCUACCAUUUAUGAUGGAAAACUCCACCGAUGACUACAGGAUUCAGUCAUUCGACCAGGACACACAGAUGUUACUGAAAACAGCUCUGAAAGAUCCCAGUUCAGUGAACCUGGAGAAGGUGUCUGAUAUCAUCGUGGAUCAGUCCUUGAAGGAUCAGGUGUUCAGCAAAGAAGCUGGACGUAUUUGCUACACAAUUGUCCAGGCUGAGGCCAAGCAGAGCAACGGAAACGUGUUCAGGAGGAAUCUGUUGAACCGACUCCAGCAGGAGUUUAAGGACCGCGAGGAGACGAGGGGACGCUCGCUGCAGGAGUGGGUGUGCUACGUCACGUUCAUCUGCAACAUCUUCGACUACCUCAAAGUGAACAACAUGCCGAUGGUGGCUCUGGUCCAUCCUGUGUACGACUGUCUGAUGAGGCUGGCCCAACCGGACGCUCUGAAGAACGAGGAGGAGGUCGACUGCCUGGUGCUGCAGCUGCAUCGCAUCGGAGAGCAGCUGGAGAAGGUGAACAGCCAGCGCAUGGAUGAACUGUUCUUCCUGCUGCGGGACGGCUUCCUGCUCCAGGAGGGCCUCUCCUCCAUGGCCCGUCUGCUGCUGCUGGAGAUCCUGGAGUUCAGGGCCGGAGGCUGGAUGCUCAGCAGCACUGCCCACAAGUACUACUACAGCGAAAUCAGCGACUAGGACGGCGGCCAGGAGCUGAUCAUCACAACCUUCAAGCACCUUGGACACAACAUGAGUCACACCUGAUUAUAAAACCAGCAGACAGGCAGCGGCAUCUUCCAGGUAAUCAGUGGAGAAGAUGACAGGUCAUCACGUGUAAAAAGGGUUUGAUUUUGCUGGAUUGUUCCUGCGUUUGAUAAUAUUACUGAGACAUGGUGUCCUGGAUGUGGAAUGUGCAAUAGGUCACGAGUUCACUCAACGAGGUUUAGCCACAUUCAGGUACACUUUGUUUCACGUUUGAAGCCAGCUGGAGCAGCUGAAGGUGUUUAUUUUGUUUCUAAUCUUUCUAGCAUUCCUGUUUUCAGAGAACAUUUCAACUUAAGUUUACCAGAUCCAAAGGCGUUGGUGGAGACAUUCCAGCCAAAUGCAGGCUGAUUUGGUCUUUGCUUUAUUUUUUGUUAUUGUUACAUUUAGAUUAAUGGGAAAGUAUUUUAAUAAUUUAGAUAGUUUAGCACAGAAUUCAAAUUUGACUGAAGGUUUGCAUUGCAGUUCUGCCUACUUUUUCCAGUUCCUGUUUAGUCCUAAGAAGUACUGUCUUAAAUCAGGGAUUUUCCUUUCUAUUUUCUUCCUUUUUUAGAAAUUUUGUUACAACUUAGAAAUAAAAGACCAAAAGACUGGUUACGCUUAACAUUUGAACCGUUUUUCUACAGAUGCAUCAGUCAGAUCUUUCAUACAUUUCUGGAUUCACAAUUUAUGUUUUAAGAAGUUGUGCCAACAAAUCAGACGACUCAGAGUCUGAACUGUUCAUUUGUACUCGAGGUGCUAGAGAACACAUUUUCCCCCGUUUAUAUAUUUGCAGGUCAGUUCUGAGUAUGAAGCUGGUAGAAAAGUGUUUUUCACAUAAAUCCAGGUUCCAUCAGCGCGAGCAACACGAUGUAGCUGAACCCACUCAGUGACGGCUUCAAGGUCUUCAACCAAAGCUGUGCCACUGAACAGAAGCUCUUUUUAAUGUCAUAACCUUAACAACUUUUACCUGCAGAAUGUAAAUGAGUCAAGCUAAAUGCAUAAUUAAAGGUAGUCCAACAAGUGAAGAUAUUCUUAAUGUUGAACAUGCAGUUAAGUUGAAUUAAAAGUUCCCCAAAUCCCCUUUUUCUGCUUCGGUGUUGGAAGAUUUAUAGAUGCAGCUUCGGUGUUUGUCACCACUUUCAGGCCAAAUUAAACACAUUGAGGAAAAACAGGUUUGUGUAAUAAACAGAUUGUAAAAUGUUAAAUAAGGAUGUAGUGCAAUUAGGAAGAAGCAGGUUUGAAUGUUGUAGAAUUUCCAGUUCCUUGAUGACAGCCGACAGAUCUGACUGCAAUAUAACGGAUCUGUGUGCAGCACUUUUCCUUCACUCGGUUCCAUUUUUUUUUAUGGUUGGGUUGUAUAUUAAAUGCAAAGUUAUUUGUUCUAAUAAAUCUUUGGAGUUGUUUUCUUA